UGUUAAAAAAAAAAAAAUCGAAACGGAAUUGAUUUUGGUUAAUUAAAAAUAAAAUGGAUAUCAAACCCAAUCAAAUCCGAUACUGGACGAAACCUACCAACUCGAUCCGAUCCGGUUUUCCGAUUUCAUCCUACCUGUGAAUCGAGCUAGCAGGAUCCGAAGACAAAUUUCAGGGUUUAAGAACCCUAGAUCCUCUUUCAAGCUCCAAGCUUUGCCGAAAAUCAAGAUUUCUGGCCGAACUCUUUCAAUCGUCAAAGUUACAUCUCGGCGUUGAAGAUCUAGGGGCUUGGCCUCUGUUCAUCAUUUUCAGAUACCACGCAUUAUAUACCAGUUUUCCUCAUAUCUGUGUAUUUCCCUCUCUCUCUCUCUCUCUCUCUCUCUCUCAUAUUUCAAAGGUCAUCAAACAGAAAAAAGAAAGAGCAUGACGAUCGAUUACAAAUCCCCGCAUUUCCCGCCCUCCAUCUACAAGGUGAAUUUAAUCUGUUCCACUGAAAUUAUUUGGAUUUUUUUAUGAAUAAUGGACAAUGUUGUUUGAUUUUGAGAUUGAACUUUGAUUCCGAUUGUGAUGGGCUUUAGAAUUUGGGAUGAAUUUCGAUUUUGUGAUUAAUUUUGGUUUUGAUGCGUUCGUUUGUGCAAAUGCUACCCUUGUAGAUGAAUUUUUCUUAGAUAGAGGAUGUUUCAAUGGGAAUCAAAAUGGGGCGUACUAAUCUGGUUGUGGCAACAGAGAUGGGCAUGCGCUCAUACUCGUUAUAAUGGAUUUCAUUCUCGAGAUUAUGGUUUCACUGGUUCCAACCAUGUCAUUCUGAAUCUUUUCUUUCACAAAAAUGUCUUCAUGUACGCUUAUUUUACAAGCAAUGCUUAUUGGAAGAAUUAAAAUACAAGAAGCCAAGCUGCUGAUUCAAGUGAAGAAGUCUGCUGCAUAUUGCAAGAUCACAGUCUGUGAGAAAAGGAUUUAUGUAACCUAGGAUGAUAUUAUUCUUGCUGAAAAAAUUGACCUCAAGGAUUUAGGUUUGCAAUUGAACGAGUAGAUAGAAAUGGAUAACGGCGUUGCUGAAAACUCGUCUCCAACUCGACCCAAAUGGAGAAAAGUGGCAUAUGGAGGGAUGCAGCCUGGUUUUGAUGACAAUCACACUGAUGAAUCUUUCCUUGAAGAUAUAGUCAUGAAUGCCAAUGUUGUGAAACGGGACAUGCUAAAAGUGAUGCAAGACUCGGUUUCCAUCUCUGAAUAUCUAUGCAUUGUUGCCCUUGUGGGCUUGGUUUGGACCUACACUCUAAGAUCAACUCUUGAUGAAACUUCCCUUUUGUAUCUUGAUGUCAGUCUUCUUGGAUCAGGUUUUCUACUUCUCCUUUUAACUGAAGAAAUGCUUUCAGUCAAUCUUCUCUUGCAUUAUUUACUUAACGUUUUCUUUUUCACAACUGGAUUAUACGUUUUGGCUCCCAUCUACCAAACUCUAACAAGAUCCAUUAGCUCAGAUUCCAUCUGGGCAGUAACUGUUCCACUCCUCAUGCUUCAUCUAUUCCUUCACGACUACUCAGGAUCAACUGUUAGAGCUCCAGGGGCUCUGAAUAAUCCAACAUUGACCAGUUGCAUUUCUUUAAAUGCCUCGAUAGUGGCCUCGGUUUUCAUUGCUUCUCGCCUCCCAUCAAGUAUACAUGUUUUUGCAAUCAUGCUAUUCUCCUUACAAGUAUUCCUUUUUGCUCCACUGAUCACUUACUGUAUCAAAAAGUACUCCUUCCGCUUGCAUCUUUGCUUUGCUUUCAGUUUGAUGGCCAUGACCUUGGCUUUUGUUUAUACACUCCACAGGCUACUUUUUGUGCUACUGUUGGGUUUAUUGGUUUUUGUGACUGUGGUAUGUCCUUAUUGGCUUAUACGACUUCAAGAAUACAAGUUUGAGAUCAAUGGCCCUUGGGAUGAGGCUAAGCUUUGUUUUGCCGUAACAGAUUAAGAUCACCAGUGUCAACCUUUGUAUGUCUGAUGGGACUUUUUGGAGCUUUGGUUAAUUCGAAAUUAGAUUGUUUGUAUAAUUUCCCUUGUUUCUUCUCUCCAGUCAAAGAUCUUAGUCCACUUAUCACAUUAUAUUGAUGUGGCGCCAGGCAUCUCUUAUUGAAUCGGCUAUUGGUUUUUGAUCA